UGCAAGCUGCCAUUUUUUCGAGCCAUUUUUUUUUUUUACAUGAGUUUAUGCGACCAAAUCCAGAGUGUGAGUUUUAACCCAGUCUUUUGCUGUUGUAUAGUAAACCGUAGUGUAUUAGAAAUAUUGCAGAGGAAUGUUUUAGACUCGCCUUUUUGCUUUGCUUCAGGUUAAAGUGAAGAGAAGCUCGGCGCUUUACUUAUCUGCAGCUGGCUGCUUAGCUGGUAGCUAAUAUUAGCUUCUGCUGUAAACAAACAACUAUCUGUAAAGGCAUAGCAGCUUCUAUCUGCUGUUUUUUUCCUUUACAUUUUUCUUUAAUUUAGGUAUUUAAGAGCUACAAUCACGUUAGAAACAUGGAUCUAUGAUCAGUAGGCAAUAGAAAGCUGUCUGAUUCCGAUUAUCUGCGAGCUAACUUUAGUUUUGAUGACGGUGCGAGCUCCUCCAAAAUAGCUCGGAGCUCAGUUGCUUUGGAGCGGGUCGGGUCAGUUUUUAGUGGAACCGGGAACAGAAGAACUGGUCGACAUGUCGUCCUUCUCCGAGUCAGCCCUGGAGAAGAAGCUGACGGAACUGAGCAGCUCUCAGCAGAGCGUCCAGACUCUAUCUCUGUGGAUCAUCCACCACCGCAAACACUCGGGCCUCAUCGUCAAAGUGUGGCACCGGGAACUGAAGAAAGCUAAAAACAACAGGAAGUUGACGUUCCUGUAUCUGGCAAACGAUGUGAUCCAGAACAGCAAGAAGAAAGGACCAGAGUUUGCCAAAGACUUCGAGUCUGUACUUGUGGAUGCCUGCUCCCAUGUAGCAAGGUGUGUUUCAGCAACUCCACGUGAAGUUGAUGAUGGUUGUAAAAAGCAGAUGGAGAGGCUGCUGAACAUCUGGAAGGAAAGGAAUCUGUACAGAGGGGAUUUCAUUCAGCAGCUCAAACUGGCCAUAGAGGACUCCAACAGCCCCAGACCCUCAGAAGAAAAGAAGGCUAUAAAACGAAGCUAUCAGAAGAUCCAGGAAGAUGAAGAGGAUGACGAUGACGACUACAGAAGCCACAUAUCUCCACACACCACAGAUUCCUCAGCGACUCAGCUGACGGAGGAGUUGGUGAAAGCUCUGCAGGACUUGGAGAACGCCGCAUCAGGCGACGCAACCGUUCGGCAGAAGAUCGCCUCACUUCCACAGGAAGUUCAGGAUGUUUCCCUCCUGGAGAAGAUUACUGACAAGGAGGCUGCAGACAAGCUGUCUAAAACUGUGGACGAGGCCUGUUUGCUGCUGGCGGAGUACAACGGACGACUGGCAGCAGAGCUUGAAGACCGUAGGCAGCUUGCUCGUAUGCUGACUGAAUACAUCAGCAGUCAGAAGGAGGCGCUGGUGGAAAGGGAGAAGAAACUGGAGGAGUAUAAACAGAAGCUGGCGAGGGUGACUCGGGUGAGAAAGGAGCUCAAGUCCCACAUCCAGAGUCUCCCGGAUCUGUCCCUGCUGCCCAACGUCACUGGUGGUUUGGCGCCUCUACCUUCUGCAGGAGACCUCUUCUCCACCGACUGAGAGCUCUUCAACCGAACAGACUACUGGAACGUCCCUCCUCAGCCAACCUCAGCCUCAUGUUUGAGUAACAAGGAUGCUCCUGGCUUUGCCUCCACCUUGAAGGCACAUGUGGUAAAACCUCUGUGCUAGUCUGCAGAAGAGCAGCUUAGUCCACCUGCUUACUCAAUCCUGGCAGGACAGGAAGGAGACAUGAGAAGAAAAGCAGAGAACUGAGACUCUGCCUGACCGGAUUCUAUGCCACCAGCCCGGACGUUUGGUUCCUGAUUGUUUUUAUUUUCUUUUAAAUGCUGAAAUGUUGUUUCAUUUAAAGCCCUGUCCCGUGUGAUAUGUUUUUCCAUUUUGUCUAGGUUAUGGCUACAGUCUGAGGAGGAUAAUGUUCAUUAGUUAAAUUUUUUUUUGGCCCUCUGUUGGUGGCUUUUUAUCAGCGCUCGGCUGGAUAGGCAGUUUAGUGUGUGAAAAGAUCAUGUUGGGCUCAGCAUGUGUGGAUUUUUGUUUUCUCAUCUGUUACAUCCCAACUUGGUUUUAGUUACACUCUUGAGUCCAUUUAAACGAGAUUUGUUGAGAAGAAGCUUUCAAACAGUAACAAAGACAAAUUCUGGUCUUCUGUUUGUGUCAAAAACGAUGUCCAACCAAAAAAGUACCCUUUGUUUUAGUUUAGGCUUAUAAUCUGAUUAAGUUUAGUAAGGUGUGAUAGGUUUGAGUUUUGCAAAAAACAAGCUGAAAUGAGGAAAUACUGCAACGUUUUCUUUCAAAGAAACUGUUUUGUGUACUUGUGUGUAAACGACACAUUUGAAAUGCUAACAUAAGGAGUAGUACAGUAUCUUCUGGAAACGAAAACUUGUGUUGCAUGUUUAGAGUUUGGAAAUAUGAAAAAAAAAAUAAAAUUUAUCACAUCUGAGUAAGAGCAGAACAGCUUAAAUGCAUCUGAAUGGGAAAUAAACCUAAAACUCAUUUUCA